UUUCGGGAUCUUAAAAUUAAGGGGGAAGAAAUUGGGGUUGGCAGGGGGGAGAACGACGACCAGCCGGCACCCAAUCGGCGGCGCCACCUCGCACCUCAGUCGCGCCCUCCUCGCCCUCGCCGUCCGCGCCGUCUCACCUUCCUCCGUCCGUUCCCUCCUCGACGGCCUCCUCUCUUCCCCCUCCGCCACGGCGCCCGACCUCACGUCACCGUCCUCUUCUGUCAGGCCAGCGUGCUCUCCGAUGACCUCGGUACUUUCGAAACAUCCCUCGACGGUCUCCUUUUCGCCUGCGUCCUCUUCAAGAACCACGUUCGUGUCUUCCAAGAUUUCACCCUUUCGAACGGUAUAAAAGCUGAUCUUGCCAUUUUGUGAGUCGGGCUCCUCAAGAUGCUUCUUUUCCAUUUGGACGAGAUUUAUCUCUCCGUUAGCCCCUUCGACUCGAUCCGUCGACGGCCUCCUCUUUGCCUGCAUCUUCUCCAAGAACUACGUUGAUGUCCCAAGAAUCUUCCACGAUUUUACCAUUUCCUACAGCACAGAGCCUAAUCUUGCCAUUUGUUGGAGCUUUCCAUGAUGUGAGGGUCGUCCAAUUCGACUUCUUGCCACAUGGUGACUUCUGACCGCCCAUAAUAAGGUUCAAAGAUCCCAUUUUCACAUGCUUGCCGUCGUCGACUGGGCUGUCUUAUCGGGUGGUGUCAAGGGAGGAUCAAAGGAUGCUAUAAACAUUAGGCAACAGCAAGCAAUAAAAGUGGUCUGCCAUUUGACUGCGUGCAUGCACCGAUCAGUCUGCAACAGCAGAGAAAGCGCAGAAGAGAAAAGUUGCUCUGACAAUCACCAGCAAGUAAGCAUGCCCGAAGAUGAGCUCAAGCCAUUAGCGGCGGUAGGCUGUGGGUCAGGUGAUGGGCACGUCAGUCAAGACACUGAUGACAAGAGAUGUGAUACGUGGAAGCCGAGAAUCCAACACAGAUUCAUCGGGCCAGUUUGACAGAGAGAUUGGCCCAUUAGGAAGUGUUAGUGAGAGGCAGGAAAGGAAGACGGGACCGGUUGGUUGCUUCCCUCUGCUUCUUUUCUUCGCUCGUGCAAUCUUUCCUUCUUACAAGUUGGUAUGUGUGUGUGGGAAUAUUCGAGCAUCUCGUCUUCCAUCAAGUCUCACUUUUUCUCUCUCAAACACACACAAGAUCGGGCAGAGGGUAGACACAGAGAUGAUGUGGCCGGCUGCAAGCGUGCAGAACUGGUGGGAUGAGAUGAACGACUCAUCCAAAUGGCAGGACGUGGUCUUCUACUUCCUCUGCGCUGCAUACUCACUCGUCUCUGCUGUUGCGCUGAUUCAAGUGGUGAGGAUUCAGCUUCGAGUCCCUGAAUAUGGUUGGACCACGCAGAAGGUCUUCCAUUUUAUGAAUUUCAUUGUGAACGGAGUGCGUGCCGUCGUCUUCGGAUUUCACAAAAAUGUUUUUCUUUUCCGGCCGAGGGUUUUCACUCUAGUGUUAUUAGACCUUCCUGGAAUAUUAUUCUUUUCUACCUACACGCUGCUAGUGCUUUUCUGGGCUGAAAUAUAUCAUCAGGCAAGGAGUCUUCCUUCAGACAAGCUGAGGAUCAUAUACAUCAUCGUUAAUUGUGGGAUAUAUGUCAUACAGGUUUGCAUAUGGAUUUAUCUGUGGAUACAUGACAAUCGGAUUGUCGAAUCAAUUGGAAGUAUCUUUGUUGCAGUGCUAUCCUUUAUAGCUGCAGUUGGUUUCAUACUAUAUGGAGGAAGGCUAUUUUGCAUGCUGAGGCAAUUCCCCAUAGAAUCCAAGGGGCGGCAGAAGAAGCUUCACGAGGUCGGAUCUGUUACAGCGAUAUGUUUCACCUGUUUCCUCGUAAGAUGCUGUGUGGUUGGCUUAUCGGCCUUCGAUACAGAUAUGUCUCUCGAUGUAUUGAAUCACCCAAUUCUUGAUCUCAUCUAUUAUACGCUGACCGAGAUACUUCCGUCGGUGCUUGUUCUAUAUAUACUACGGAAGCUGCCUCCGAGAAGAGUCUCGGGGCAGUAUCAUCCCAUCCGAUAGAGCAUGGAGUCAUCCCAAACGGACCUGUUUAGAGGUAAGGAACUCUUACCACUCUUGGGUAGGACAAUACUAGAAAUCAAUUUGCCCGACUGUUCUGACGAGUAAUUGAAUCUUGUAUAUUAAAAGUGGGAAUUGGUUCUCUCAUGAGGCUACAACUUCAUGGGAUGAUACUUGUAUUUUUCGAUGAAGUGAAUCAAGGAUUGAUACGACUCUUUUUAAUA